GACAUUGACAUGUGAUGUGCAGUGUUUCAUUUUCACGAGUCUGAAGUUUUGCAAGAGUUUUCAAGGAAAAUUUGCAAAGAAUGGCUUCUCAUUUGUCUGCCAUUGAACUUUUAAAGAGAGGAGAUGAUGACAGAAUUAAGCCAUACCUCAACCAGUACUGGCCCUACGUGUUGGGCAGUACAUUGGGCUUCUGCACGGGCAUGCUUAUCAACUUUGGCACCAAGCGACCAAUAUACAGCGGUCUCCAAAAGCAUGCAGCCUGUAUGGCAAUCUGGUCAGCAUCCCUGCACAUAGUCCAGAAAAAACGUGAUGCCUACUUUGCCGAAAGAGAUGCUGUACUGAGGCACUACAUUGAAUUACACCCUGAGGACUUUGUUGAACCUGAGAGGAAGAAACUUGCUGAUGUCUUGGAACCAUGGAUCCCAAUUCGUUAAGUUUAGUUGAAAUUAUAAUAAUAUGUUAUGUCUUAGUAUGAAAUGAUUAAAUGCCUGAUUAUUACUUAA